AUGCAAAUCAUCGACAGGAUUGCCGGGAAUUCUUCGGACCGUCGACGAAACGUCUACAUGCGGAACCAGUGGGCGUUCCCGUUCUCGUUCAAUGGCCGGAACUUGAACCCGGGUUUCUUCCGGGAAAACGAAGCCCAGACCCACCGAAUUCUUGCCUGGCUGAACCGGGAACUUGUUGCCAUUCGCUCGAUUGGGAUACGGAAUUUACCCUUGCGAUACGAUCCCGUGAUCUCUGUCACUUCCGAGGAGAUGGAUUCCCUGGGGGAUUUGCUCCGCCGCUUUCAUCUGUUGUCUGCGGAAAUGUUGUCGCAUUUGGCUCGGUUUGUGGGGACCCGAUUGGCUAGGCACUUUUUGCACGAGUUAUACGUGUUUGCGGAUUCGAGGUUCACGUUGGCGCAGUAUGACAGACAGGUGGAUUACUCGAGGACGAGUGAAGCCUAUCGCCUGUACGUGGAGAGUGUGAAAUUUUGUUUAUGCGCGAUGGGGCACGGCCAUGGUGCGAAUAUCCCAAAAGUGCCGGAUUACAAAGCCUUUGUUGUAGGAGAUCACACGCCUGAUCUCAGAGUGUUGCAGAGCCGUCUUGCCAUGCAUGGACUGAAGGAUCCGUGGAUAAGGAAUGAAGUCUUCAGAUUUGAUAUCACCAACUAUGGUGACCUCAGACAAAAGAGGAAAUCGGUCUACUUGAGAGGAAUGAGAACUGGUUUCAUCCUUGCCGGUGUCACAGUUGCCCUGGAAUACAUUUUCGGGGCCAGUGGUGGUCAUCAUUGAAGCCUUGGGCUGCUGUGUUGGAUCCUGGAGGUGCAAUUCUUGGUUCAUGGUUUAGUUGUGUACCAAAACCUUGUAUUUAGCUGUUUCCUGAUGGGGAGUAAAUCACGUGUUGUACACAUCGUC